AUGCCACCGAGUGCGCCCUCCAAAAAAGUGGCCGGCCCAGCGUCGGCGGCCGCCAAACGCAAAGAGGCGCCUUCCAGCAACGAUGCCUCAAAGAAAGGCAGCCCAGCGCCUGGCGCGGCGCGCUGGCCCGUCAAGCGCCUCAAGAUGAGCGAAGACCGAAAAAUUGUGACGCAGGAACCAGGCUAUGCUCUGAAAGACGGAGAACUCAACCUCCAGACCUUUCUCAAGGCACGCGAGUUCGAGAUCAAGGCUCUCGAGGAGAGCAUGCGACACACCAAGGGAGCCGCGACGAAACGAGCCUUUCAGCAGGUGCCCCGCGGCAUGCGCAGACGCACCGCGAGCCACAAUGUCAAGAGGGUUCCCAAGAGGCUUCGCAACAGGGCCAUGAAAGAGAUGCGCGACGACAACACACCGACUGUGACCUCGCGACGGCGCAAACCGACCACGACGCGGGCGACAAUCAGAUCGGAGACGGCGAGAAAGCUGGGCAUACUGGCCGAGAAGAGGCGCAAACGGAAGCUCAAGGCCGCGAAAGAGAAGGCUUCCACCGAUGACGGUUCUAUGAAUGAUACCCCGAGCAUCCAGACGAGAAUCACAACGCGUCCGGCUCGACCCAAGAUCAGGCGGAACGUCCUCAACGACCCACCGCGACCAAAGUCCAAGUUUCGUAAACGUCAACUGCAAAAGACCUGGCUGCCUACACAUCUUUGGCAUGCUAAAAGAGCUAGAAUGACUGAGCCCACGAAGCCUCUGUGGAGGUUUGCCAUUCCCCUGACAACCAACGAAAAGAUAUACCGCGCGACGCACCGGGGCCAGGGUGAGAGAGGCGCCGUGGCCUGGGAUAUGAGCUACAUGAGUACCAUUGGUCUUUAUGGUAACGAGAACGGGGUCUGCCAAGUCCUCCGAAAACUUGGAGUCGUCCAGGAAAGCUGCUGGAGCGAGAGGGGCCAGAGGUGGAGGGCUGGUACCAGGCAUUGGAACGGCAUGCUCAGCAGGGACACGAGGCUUGGACGGCGGCUCAUAUGCCCGGCUACGAUUCAAUGGAAUCCACAAGAUGCCGAGCAACAGCGGACUCCAGGAAACGAAGACGCGGACCCCAAGAAGAGGCAACGGCAGCUAUUUAUUAGAGUUCACCCCUCGUCGUUCCUGGAGCUGUUCAAUGAGCUUCUUCGGCUGGUCAAGAUGCAGACGCCACAGCUCUUCAUCGAAGACUUGCGAUUCGAGAUUGGCAGCAUCGAAAUCACUGGUCCGGCAUCGACCGAAGUCCUUUUGGGGGUUCUUCAACCCUACUACACCGACCUGGCCAAGAAGGAGCCGCAUGCCAACAUUUUCAGCGGCUUGACCAGCGCUGCAACACCAUCAGCUUUGCCUCCCAAUUCUUGCCUGGCAUUUUCUACCCUGGACCCACGCCUGAGGUAUCCGCCGCGAAAACUCGCUCCCCCAGACCUCAGCGAUGAGGGCCAGUCGCGGCUCAUGAACCUUUUGUCGAGUUGGCCAGCUGACAAGGGCCUCCAACCGUACUCGAUCUUCGACCGCGAUCAGCGUUUCUCGGCUUCGAGGCUACCGAGACAAAAGUCCGUGAACAAGCGAAAAGGAGCUCGCAUGCCUGGGACCGACCUCGACCCCAGUCCCUCGGAUCCUCCCAUCCCCAUCCUCCUUCACGCAUCCCGGUCAGCGCGCGGCGCAGAGGCUCAAGGAACGUGGACUGUGCUCGCACCUUUCAAAUGCAUCCAGCCCAUCUGGUACAGUCUCGUGCACUUCCCCCUGGCGUCAGGCGGUAACCCGAGGUUUGCGGGGUUGAACGAGGCGCGACAGGUGCCGUUUGAGCGCGGCUUGCCCUAUUUCCCCAUAGACUUCCUCGCGACAGAUGCCGGCGUUGAAUGGGAGAUGGAAGAACGCGCGCGGAGAAAGACGGCCUGGGAACGCCGCCCCAAGAGCAAGAGGACGGCAUGGGAGACGCUCGACCUCGGCGCUGGACGCAAGGGCGAGCUCGGCGCAGGGUGGGCUUGCGAUUUUGAGCACCUCCUGCGACUCGACAACGCCGAGGCAGAGUCGCCUCCGCACUCCGUCAACGGCAUGGACGUGGAUGAUGCUGCAUCGGACAAGAAAGAAGCACCCGAGGCAGAGGCAGAGGUCAAGCCGGCGGCGUCGUCUCAUCCGCUCAAGCAACUGCACCACGUCUCCAAAUCGUCCUUGGCGACCAUUCUAUCCUCCUCCGCACCGGCACCGCCCAACGCCGUCAUGACCGUCACCCUCGUCCUGACCGGUCGCGGCGUGGCCGAUCCCUGCGCCCGCAUCUACCGCCUCCCAUCCCGUCCCGCGCCGCUCCCCCCGUCCUCCUCCGCCGGAGGUCCCGGCCUCUGCACCCCCGUUGCCGCAGGACGCAAACUUGCCUCUCCGUUUUCGCUCAAUGGGGCCGAGCGCCGCCGGUCGCGCGGUUCGGUCGCGGACCGCCCUCCGCCGGACGCCGACAUGGCGACCCGCAAGCGCUUCCUGGCGCGCAGCCUCCUGGCGCCGGCGCCGGCGCCGCUGGGGUACCCGCCGCCGAAGCCGAACCAGACGGACAUGAACGGGCACCCGCUCGUGCCGGGCGAGGAGGACCUCAUCGGCUUCGUGACAACGGGGGCGUACUGCCUCAGCGAGGGGAGGGCGAGGGCGAUCGGGUCCAUUGUUGUCGACAGGGUGGUCGAGGGGCUCAGGGACGAGGCACGGAGAAAGAAGGCCAAGGGGCAUGUGCGCGAGACCAACUUGUGCAUUGUGAGGAAUGCCGGGGAGGGCGUGGGAUGGCUUGCGAGGUGGGAGGUUGCAUGA